AUGAUUAGAAGAUUCAUUUUUAAAGGAUAAAGUAUUUUAAAAUCAAGCAAAUAAGUUAUGCCAUUCAAAAUGCUAAAUGGCUUUAAAGGUACUUUUUUAUUUAGCGUGGAGGAAAAUAGUAGUGUAAAUUUAUAAUUUCCUCAUUUAAGGGACUUGAGUGAUUUGAUGGUGAAAAGAAUUUAAGAAGAAAAAGUCAAAAAUUUAAAGUUAUUGGAUUAUUUAAAGCAGUUAGGAGAAUAAGUAGGAGAUUAAGAUUUUUAAAAUGAUUUGAAUGCAUUUUUGAUUUAUGGGAAAUAAUUGAUAAUGAUGUGCAUGGCAAAUGAUACUUCAAGAGGAGAUUUUUAUAUGAUUGAAUUUUACAAAAUUAUUAUUUCAUCAAUUGAAAAGGCUCUAUUAAAAGUAAAAAGCGAAGAAGAAAAGGGUAUUUUAUAGGGUAAGUAUUUCAUGGUAUUGUCAACUUUAGGUAGUAUUUACUUCAAUUAGGGUUAUUUAGACCAUUGCUUUGAAUGUACAAAGAAACUUCUUGAGUUAUAUAAUGGAAAGAGGAAUGAAAAUAAUAAAUUUAUGACAUUUAUUCCUGAUAAUGUCUUCUACAUGAUUGGUGAGGCAGAAAAAAGCAAAUAAAUUGGUCUUAUAAGUUAAGAAAUUGAAUUUUUCUACUGUGAUAAAGCUUCAGUUUUGUUUUAGCAACUCCAAAAAUUCCAAGAAGCGCAGUAAUUUUCAGAUAAGGCCUUAGAAAUUACUUUUUAAAUAAAGGAUAAACCAGGUUCUUUCUACUUUAAUGCUUUUAAUCAAAAUAUUUCAUUAAUUUUGCUUAGUGGAAACAAUGAACAAGUGAUAGCUCGCUACCAAAACAUGGUAGAUAAAUUUGAUUAUAAUAAGAUAAAAGACUCAAAAGUAUUGCUUGAUAAAUACUCAUUAAGAAUUAUCUAGGCUAUGCAGAUAUCAAUGAAUUUUUUCAAAGAUAAAUUCAAUGCAUUUUGGGAACAUUAUUAAAAGUUCAAAGUAGAUACUUAGUACAAGCAGAGUAGAGAAGAGGUUUUAAGACUUCAUUGCACAUAUAUUUAAAACAAUAAUCCUGCAUUUUUUUCGUAAAAAGAAACUCAAGAAAGAGUAGACUCUUUUAUAGCCAAGUAUGAUGAUAUGUUUUUAUAGAAAUUCAAAGACAUAUUUUUUGCACCUCUUAAGCAAAAGUAGCAACCUUUAUAUGAUUACUGCAUGUAUCUCUAGCAUACAGAAGCUUAAUAUAAGUAAGGACUUAUUCAAACUUUGCACCAUCUAAAUAUGCUAAAAUAAAAUAAAAAUCCAAUUACAUAAGAGUUCGAAUUGAUGUUUUACAAGAAUAUCAAAGUCUUUAUCCAAUUAGAUUAUUUUAUAGAUUUAUUUUGCAAAGAAAUUCUUUUGCUUCCUGAAAUAGAAUCGGAGCCUCUCUAAAUUACACAGCAAAUAGACUUCAUGUCUGAAGAAAAUAAAGAAAAAAUUAGCAAAUUAAUUAAAAAAUAUAAUAGAAAAAUCGUCUGA